AUGAGCUCAUCUACUAGACCUCUAAGCCUUUCCCACGGCUCUAUCGAGCAUGUUUUAUCCAUUCCCACUUCUUCCUUUUUUACUGCUUCUCAAUUACAGGAUCAAUUCCACAAACAGUUGCCGGAAGCUACUGAAGGUUUUGCUUCAGACGAUGAACCAACCUCAUCUGCUGAAUUGCUAGCUAAAUUUUUGGGUUACGUUUCUUCUUUGGUUGACGUUACUACCAAGGGCCAGUUCGAUGAUGUCUUGGAAAUUGCCCUAUCGGAUUUCGAAGCCAACUAUCUACAAGGUAACGACGUUCAUACGUUGGCUGCCAGAUUGUUACAAUCUGAAGACAAUAUCACUACUUUACCAAAGGUAAAAGAAUUAAUUAAAAAUUACUACAAUGCCAGAGUAACAGCCAAAAAACCAUUCACUGCUACCGAUUCAGCCUUGUUCAAGGGUGUUGCUGCUGGUCAAGCUAAGUUGGUCUCAAUUUUUGGUGGACAAGGUAACACCGAUGACUAUUUCGAAGAGUUGCGUGAACUUUAUCAAACCUACAACUGCUUAAUCUCUGAUGUUAUCAAGUCUGCUGCAGAAACUCUAGGGGAAUUGAUCACCACCACUGAUGAUACCGAAAAGCUAUACACCCAAGGUUUCGAUAUCCUGACUUGGUUGGAACAACCACAAAAGACUCCUGGAACUGACUACUUGUUGUCAAUUCCAAUUUCUUGUCCUUUAAUCGGUGUUAUUCAAUUCGUGCAUUACACUUUAACUGCUAGAAUCUUAAACUUCACCCCCGGUCAACUAAGAGAUAGCCUAGUCGGCGCCACUGGUCAUUCCCAAGGUUUGGCCACUGCCGUUGCAAUCGCUGAAGCUGAUUCUUGGGAAUCUUAUUUCAAGGCUAUGACUAAGACUAUCAAGUUACUAUUCUUCAUCGGUGUCAGAUGUUACCAAGUUUACCCAAAAACCUCUUUACCACCAUCUAUGUUGGAAGAUUCUGUCGAAAACGGUGAAGGUGUACCAACUCCUAUGUUGUCCAUCUCUAACUUGACUCAGGAUCAAGUUCAAACUUAUAUCGAUCAAACUAACGCUCACUUACCAGAGUCCAAGCAUAUCGUUGUUUCUUUGGUCAAUGGUGCCAGAAACUUGGUCGUAUCAGGUCCACCACAAUCUCUAUAUGGUUUGAACUUGACCUUGAGAAAGGCUAAGGCCCCUGCUGGUUUGGAUCAAGCAAGAAUCCCAUUCAGCGAAAGAAAGUUGAAAUUUUUUAACAGGUUUUUGCCAAUCGUUUCUCCUUUCCAUUCUCAUCUUUUGGAACCAGCUAAUGCUUUGAUUGAACAUGAUUUGGCUGCUGCUGGUGUUGAAUUCCAAGCUUCAGACUUGAAGAUUCCUGUUUAUGAUACCUUCAACGGUAAGGACUUGAGGGAAUCUAAAGAGCCAAUUGCUUCGAGGAUCACCUAUUGUAUUACUAGCUUACCUGUGAACUGGGAAGAAUCCACCAAAUUCAAUGCUACUCACAUUCUUGAUUUCGGUCCUGGUGGAGCUUCCGGUUUAGGUGUUUUGACUCAUCGUAACAAAGAUGGUACUGGUGUACGUGUCAUUAUAGCUGGUGCUUUGGACACUAACCCAGAUGAUGAGUACGGUUUCAAACAAGAAUUAUUCGAUGUUACCAGCUCCGGUUUGAAAUUCUCCGUUAACUGGUUAGAACAAUUCCAUCCAAAGUUAGUCAAGACAAAGGCUGGUAAGAUUUACGUUGAUACCACAUUCUCUAAAUUAUUAGGUAGAGCUCCAUUAUUGGUUCCAGGUAUGACUCCAACUACUGUAUCACCAGACUUUGUUGCUGCCACAAUUAAUGCUGGUUACCAUAUUGAAUUAGCUGGUGGUGGUUAUUUCACUGCUGAAGGUAUGACCAAGGCGAUCGAAGAUGUUAUUAGCAAGAUUAAGAAGGGUUACGGUUUGGGUAUUAACAUGCUUUACGUCAAUCCAAGAAUGUUACAAUGGGGUAUUCCAAUGAUCAAAGAAUUGAGAGAAAAGGGUUAUCCUAUUCAGGCUUUGACCAUUGGUGCUGGUGUUCCUUCCAUAGACGUCGCUACUGAAUACAUUGAAACCCUAGGUUUGACACACUUGGGUUUGAAGCCAGGUUCCAUUGACGCCAUUUCCCAAGUUAUUGCUAUUGCCAAAGCCCACCCAACCUUCCCAAUCGUUAUGCAAUGGACUGGUGGUAGAGGUGGUGGUCACCAUUCAUUUGAAGACUUCCACGCUCCAAUUUUGCAAAUGUAUGCAAAAAUCAGAAGACAUUCAAAUAUCUACUUGAUUGCUGGUUCCGGUUUCGGGUCAGCCGAAGAUACCUAUCCAUAUUUAACUGGUGAGUGGUCCACAAAGUUCAACUACCCACCAAUGCCAUUCGACGGUUUCUUGUUCGGUUCUAGAGUUAUGAUUGCUAAGGAAACUAAAACCUCCCCAGCAACAAAGAAAACGAUUGCUGAGUGCUCUGGUGUUCCAGACUCCCAAUGGGAACAAACAUACAAAAAGCCAACCGGCGGUAUCAUAACUGUUCGUUCCGAAAUGGGAGAACCUAUUCACAAAUUGGCUACUCGUGGUGUUAUGCUAUGGAAGGAAAUGGACGACACCAUUUUCUCUUUGCCAAAGAAUAAACUACAAGCCGCAUUGGAUGCUAAGAAGGAUUACAUCAUUUCCAAAUUGAAUGCCGACUACCAAAAGCCAUGGUUUGCCACCGUCAACGGAGAAGCUCGUGAUUUGGCUGAUAUGACCUACGAAGAAGUCGCUAAGAGAAUGGUUGAGUUGAUGUAUAUCAGAUCCACUAACAGUUGGAUUGACUUUACCUUAAGAAAUUUCACUGGUGAAUUCUUACGUCGUGUUGAGGAACGUUUCACAAAGCAAAAGACUGUGUCUAUCAUUCAAAAUUUCGCUGUUUUGGAAGAGCCAGAAAAAGCUCUUGAAAAAGUUUUCGAUGCUUAUCCAGCCGCUAAAGAACAAUUCUUGAACGCUCAAGAUAUUGACUACUUCUUGACCUUGUGCCAAAGACCAACUCAGAAACCUGUACCUUUCGUUCCUGUUUUGGACAGUAGAUUCGAGUUCUUCUUCAAGAAAGAUUCUUUGUGGCAAUCAGAGCAUUUGGAAGCUGUUGUUGACCAAGAUGUCCAAAGGACAUGUAUCUUACACGGUCCUGUUGCUGCCCAAUUCACCAACCAAGUUGAUCAACCAAUUAAAUCCAUUUUGGACGAUGUUCAUGAGGGGCAUAUUAAGAUGUUAUUGAAGGAUUACUAUAACAACGAUGAUUCCAAAAUCCCAGUUGUUGAAUACUUCGGUGGUGAAGAGCCAGAAAAGGUUGCUUUUGAUUCUAUCGAAUCAGGAAACAAGGCCACCUACCAAGCCUCUUCAUCCACAGAUUCUUCUAAGUGGUUCAAACUUUUGGCUGGUGAAGAAAAGACCUGGAGAAGCGCCUUCUUCUCUACCCCAAGAAUUGUCCAAGACUCUUUACUGAUUGAAAACCCUGCUAGAAAGGUUUUCAAACCGUCUGACAACAUGGUUGUUCAAAUUGAAAAUGCCAAAGACUCUGCUAAGACAGUUGUUACUUUACUAGAAACAGUUCAAGGUGAACUAAAACCCACUGCUAUUUUGAGGUUAGUUAAGGACACAUUAAUUCAAUUAGAUUUGAUUGAAAAUAGAACCAUUGACGGUUCUCCUGUAUCAUUACCAUUAUUGUUUGAAUACAACACUGAAGAUGGCUUUGCUCCCAUUGCCGAAGUUACCAAAGGUCGUAACUCUCGUAUCAAGGAAAUGUACUGGAAGUUAUGGUUGGAUGAGCCAUUCAACUUGGACUUCGAUCCAAGAUCUGUUAUCAAGGGCGGCGAUUUCACUAUUUCCGCCAAGGACAUUUCUGAAUUUGUUCAUGCGAUCGGUAACAACUGUGAAGAUUUCGUUGCUAGGUCGGGUAGAGAGAUGUUAGCUCCAAUGGACUUCGCCAUUGUUGUUGGUUGGAGGGUGAUUGUCAAGGCAAUUUUCCCCAAUGCAGUUGAUGGUGAUUUGUUGAAAUUGGUGCACAUGUCCAACGGAUACAGAAUGAUUCCUGGUGCUACUCCAUUGAAGGAAGGUGAUACAAUCUCAACUUCUGCAGUUAUUAAAUCUGUCGUUAACCAACCUAACGGUAAGAUUGUCGAAGUUAUCGGUACCUUGACCAGAGAUGACAAACCUGUGAUGGAAGUCACCUCCUCUUUCUUCUACAGAGGAACAUAUGCUGACUACGAAAAUACAUUCGAAAAGACUGUUGAACCAAUUUAUCAAAUUGAAGUCAAGUCUUCUAAGGACAGCGCUGUUCUAAGAUCAAAAGAAUGGUUCCAAUUGGAUGAUGAGGAAAUUGAUUUGCUAGGCAAGACUUUGUCCUUCCAGACCGAAACUGAAGUCACAUUCAAGAAUGCCUCCGUCUUCUCGUCUGUUAAGUGUCAAGGUAAGAUCUUAAUGGAACUACCAACUAAGGAAACUGUUGAAAUUGGUUCAGUGGAUUAUGAAGCUGGUGAAUCUCAUGGUAAUCCAGUCAUCGAUUACCUAAGCAGAAAUGGUUCCACACUUGAACAAAAGGUUAACUUGGAAAACGCCAUUCCAAUUGCUGUCAGGGACACCCAAUCACCAAGCACCAAUGAACCAUACGCCAGGGUGUCUGGUGACUUGAAUCCGAUUCAUGUUUCUCGUCACUUCGCUGCCUACGCUAACUUGCCUGGCACCAUUACCCAUGGUAUGUACUCUUCUGCUACAGUUCGUGCUUUAGUAGAAACUUGGGCUGCCGACAAUGUAUCUUCCAGAGUUCGUGCUUACAACUGUCAAUUUGUUGGAAUGGUGUUACCAAAUACCCCUCUACAGACUACUAUCCAACAUGUUGGGAUGAUCAACGGUCGUAAGUUAAUUCAAUUCGAAACCAAAAAUGAUGCCGAUGAAACUGUCAUGACUGGGGAAGCAGAAGUCGAGCAACCUGUUUCAACUUUCGUUUUCACUGGUCAAGGUUCUCAAGAACAAGGUAUGGGUAUGGAUUUGUAUGCCAAGUCUGAUGUCGCAAAACAAGUUUGGGACAGAGCUGAUCAGCAUUUCAAGAGCACCUACGGCUUCUCUAUCCUAGAUAUUGUCAAAAACAAUCCAACUGAAUUGACAAUUUACUUUGGUGGUGAGAAGGGUAGAAAGAUCAAGGAGAACUACACUCAAAUGAUCUUUGAAACCAUUGUCGAUGGUGAAGUGAAGAGUGAAAGAAUCUUCAAGGAUAUAACAGAAGAAACUAAUUCUUUCACUUUCAGAUCUCCAACUGGUUUGUUGUCUGCUACUCAAUUCACCCAACCUGCUCUUACCUUGAUGGAAAAGGCUUCAUUUGAAGACUUGAAGUCUAAGGGUCUAAUUCCUGCCGAAGCCACUUUCGCUGGUCAUUCAUUGGGUGAAUAUGCCGCCCUAGCAUCGUUAGCUGAUGUCAUGUCCAUUGAAUCUUUGGUGGAAGUUGUCUUUUACAGAGGUAUGACUAUGCAAGUCGCCGUCCCAAGAGAUGAACUAGGAAGAUCUAACUAUGGUAUGAUCGCUGUUAAUCCAUCAAGAGUUUCCCCAACUUUCUCUCAAGAAGCGUUAGAAUUUGUUGUUAAGAUUGUCGAUAAGAAGACCGGAUGGCUCUUGGAAAUUGUCAACUACAACGUUGAAAACCAACAAUACGUUGCUGCCGGUGACUUAAGGGCUCUAGAUACUUUAACCAACGUUUUGAACUUUGUCAAGUUGCAAAAGAUAGAUAUUGCGAAGUUACAAGAAACUUUGUCAUUGGAAGAAGUAGAAUCUCAUUUAAAUGAAAUUAUUGAAGAAAUCUCUAAGAAGUCUACUGCUAAGCCACAACCAAUUGAAUUGGAAAGAGGUUUCGCAUGUAUUCCAUUGCGUGGUAUUUCUGUUCCAUUCCAUUCCUCUUACUUGAGAAACGGUGUUAAGCCAUUUAAGAACUUCUUGAUGAAGAACGUUACCAAGGAGAACGUUAAAGCUGAUCGUUUGAUUGGUAAGUAUAUUCCAAACUUGACUGCAAAACCAUUCGAAAUCACUAAAGAGUACUUCCAAGAUGUUUACGAAUUGACUGGCUCUGAAAAAAUCAAGGAUAUCUUGGACAACUGGGAAAAGAUCACCAAUUAA